UUCGAGCAACGAGUCCCCGCUCGCCGCCUCCUCUUCCGAGGGUGUCGCCCGAUCGGCCGGCCCCGCUCUCGCUGCACGCCUGGGGGUCAGUCCGGAGCGCGGCCGCCGGAAGCUCCCGCGGCUCCUCUCUGCCUGCCCUUCGCCUAGGAGUGCCUGCAGCCCGCCACCGCAAAAAUGAAGAGAAGGACAGAACCUGAAUUUAGCAGCCCCCAAAAGAAGCAGAAGAAGAGGAUAGAAGACUUGGGAUUAACCCUCAGUUCUACUUCAGAUGAUGAAACUCAAUUUAGUAAUCAUACUACUCAAGAGUCUUCCAGUAGCAGCAGUGGAUCUGACAGCGAGACUGAUGAAAAAAGACCAGUCUUCAGCAAUGAAUUCAAACAAGAUUCCCUUGUGGAGGGUACUUCAUCUCGCUAUUCAAUGUAUAACAGUGUCUCCCAAAAGCUCAUGGCCAAGAUGGGCUUCCGGGAAGGAGAAGGUCUGGGAAAAUAUGGCCAAGGCAGGAAGGAUAUUGUUGAGGCCUCCAAUCAGAAGGGGAGGAGAGGCUUUGGGCUGACGCUCAAAGGAUUCGAUGGGGAGCUCAAUAUUGACUGGCAAGAUGAGCCUGAGCCCAGUGCCUAUGAGGAGGUGGACUGGUGCCUCAAGUGUACCACAGAAAUCCCUGAUGCCCAGGAGCUCAAGGAGUGGAUGACUGUGGGGAAGAGGAAGAUGGUGAUUGAAGAUGAAACAGAGUUCUGUAGUGAAGAGCUUUUACGUAGUGUCCUGCAGUGCAAGAGUGUAUUUGAUGAGCUAGAUGGAGAAGAAAUGCGUCGAGCCCGAACAAGGUCAAACCCUUAUGAGAUGAUCCGUGGAGCUUUCUUCCUGAACAGGGCUGCAAUGAAGAUGGCAAAUAUGGACCAUGUCUUUGACUAUAUGUUUACAAACCCCAAGGACUUCCAUGGGAACCCGCUGAUAAAGGAGCGGGAGGCAGAGCUGCUCUACUUUGCUGAUGUGUGUGCUGGUCCUGGAGGCUUCUCUGAGUAUGUCUUGUGGAGGCGGAAGUGGCACGCCAAAGGAUUUGGCAUGACCUUGAAAGGACCAAAUGAUUUUAAACUGGAAGACUUCUACUCUGCUUCCAGUGAGCUUUUUGAGCCUUACUAUGGAGAGGGAGGGAUUGAUGGAGAUGGAGACAUCACUCGUCCAGAGAACAUUACUGCUUUCCGGAAUUUUGUUUUGGACAAUACUGAUCAGAAGGGAGUGCAUUUCUUAAUGGCUGAUGGGGGUUUCUCAGUGGAGGGUCAGGAAAAUCUGCAAGAAAUCCUAAGCAAGCAGCUGAUGCUUUGCCAGUUUCUUACAGCACUGUCCAUUGUCCGGACAGGAGGACAUUUUGUCUGCAAAACCUUUGACCUGUUCACUCCAUUCAGUGUGGGACUCGUUUAUCUGCUGUAUUGCUGCUUUGAGCGAGUGUGCAUCUUUAAACCUGUGACGAGCCGCCCUGCUAACUCUGAGAGGUAUGUGAUAUGCAAAGGACUAAAGCUGGGGAUCGAUGACGUGCGGGACUACCUCUUCACGGUGAACAUCAGACUCAACCAGCUGCGCAACUCGGACGUGGAUGUGAACCUGGUUGUCCCCUUGAACGUGAUCAAAGGCGACCAGGAUUUCUGUGAUUACAUCGUCCGCUCCAACGAGAACCACUGCAAGGUUCAAAUAAAGGCACUUGCCAAAAUUCGUGCGUUUGUUCAGGACACGACACUGAUUGAGCCACGGCAGGCUGAAAUCCGAAAGGAGUGCCUCCAGCUAUGGGGGAUUCCUGAUCAGGCUCGUGUUGCUCCUUCAUCUUCAGAUCCAAAGUCCAAAUUCUUUGAGCUGAUCCAGGGCAUGGACAUCGAUACCUUCAGCUACAAACCCACUCCUCUGAAUUCCACUACGCUGGAGAAAAUCCGCCACGUGUUAGAUUACCGGUGCAUGGUGUCUGGAAGUGAGCAGAAAUUCCUCUUGGGAAUGGGGAAAUCACAGAUCUACACCUGGGAUGGUCGCCAGUCAGAUCGCUGGACAAAGCUGGAUUUGAAAACUGAGCUGCCACGGGAUACCCUUCUCUCUGUGGAGAUUGUUCAUGAGUUGAAAGGAGAGGGGAAAGCUCAGCGAAAAAUCAGUGCCAUCCACAUCCUUGAUGUCUUGGUGCUGAAUGGCAAUGACGUUCAAAAGCAGCAUUUCAACCAGAGGAUUCGGCUGGCAGAGAAGUUCGUCAAAGCUGUUUCUAAACCUAGCCGGCCAGACAUGAACCCCAUCCGAGUGAAGGAAGUGUACAGAUUGGAGGAAAUGGAGAAGAUUUUUGUGAGGUUGGAGAUGAAAGUCAUUAAGAGCUCACGAGGGAUACCCCGGCUGUCCUACACUGGCCGAGAUGACCGGCACUUUGUGCCCACAGGGCUCUACAUCGUGCGGACUCUGAACGAUCCUUGGACAAUGGCAUGCAGCAAAAACACCAACAAGAAAUUCUUCUUCAACAAAGCGACCAGUCAAGCAACCUAUGACCUCCCUUUUGAAGCCAUCACACCCUUUCACAUGUGCCAUUACAGCCGCCUCUUCUGGGAGUGGGGGGAAGGUGUCAGAGUGCACGACUCUCAGAAAAGGCAAGACCCGGAGAAGCUAUCGAAGGAGGAUGUCCUGUCUUUCAUCCAGGCACAUACCCCUAAGCCUGCUCUCUUGAGGAGUGCAGGGGGAACAGAGCCCAGCUUGGACUCAUCGGGGACUGAUGAGACUGGGGGGGCUCCACAGCUUCAAUCCUAAUCUUCUCCAGAGCUGACUUCUGGAGGUGACUGAAGCAGGCAGCGAGACGCAGAAGGCACAGGACGAAGCUCUACCCUGGCAGUGUAUAUAGGACUACGGCCCAGGUAGCAGGUGCUGCCAGAAUACCCUUGGUGACUCCUGGAGCCAAGGCUUCACACCCUUUUGUCCUGACCAACUGCAUGCAUGAGGCCAAGGGGCUGGCAGCUUUCUUUGCUCCUUUUUGAACAUUCAGCAAGGUUUGUGGAGCUCUGUGUGUGCCAGAACUCUCCAGGCUUGUGCUUACCUGGCAGCAUGGGAAGGAACAGAGAUGUCUUGGUGGCAGAGCUGGGCAGCAGCAUGCUGAAGAAGCUCUGUGUCAUUCCUGGCCUUGUCAAAGAGUGUUAAUUCAUUGGGGAGUGGAUACAAGUAGGUAUUCUUGUGCUUGUCUCCAACACUUCUGCUUAUUAAGACCCUUGGCUGGCCACUAGCAAUUCCCAUGUGAGGGUAUCCUCUUGGGCAAAGGCCAACACAGGUGAUGAGCUCCUAGCAUAGAUUAGACGUGCUCAGUGCCAGGGAUUUCUCAGACCUUUAGAAACUGCUGUGAGAAGGAUUUCCCCUCUCCAGGUCAAUGACUGAACCUGAGCCAGCAGCCUGAGGUUAAUCUGUCAAUGUUUCUAUGCCUCAUGGUAUUUCUGAGACCAAGGAGCUUUGAUUCUUGGUACCUGACAAUAUUACCCAAAUCUUCAGGGAGGAAAACGGACGUGGAGGGAAGACACAGGAAGGUUGGGAUGCUGGAGGCCUUUGGAGGAAAUGAUGGCAAUGGCUGAGUGAGUUAAAAAAACCCCAACCAAAAAGCAACAAACAAAACCCAACCACAAACAAAAAACUGACACAACAUGGUUUGAGUGAAAGAUGUUGACUUUGAACAGGCUGGUUAAGCAGAAGCUCUGUCCCGUGGCUGUGCCCACUGGAUAGUUUAACAGGCUUUACUUUUUAAAUGUCAGAGUGGGCUUUGAAAGCCUCCAUGUCUCAUUUGUCCCUGAAACUGCAUCUGGGAUGAAAGCAGAGAGCUGUGAAUCUCUCAACGUGCUAUUUGUGUGUCAACAGACUUCUGCAUGUGCUGGGCUCCAAGCAGUCUUCUCUUGCGUAAUUCACCUUCACUUCUGGCUUCCAUGGUGCUUAUGCCAGGUCUUCCACACAGAUCAGAUGAUGACAGAUGGUUGACUGCUUUUGGCCAUGCAGCAAAAUUGCCCUGUUUUGGGUUUGUUUUGUUUUUUUCUUGUUACAUUUGUUCUUGGCUUGUUUUUAAACACAUAUUGGCAGCAAUGAGGAAAAUGAUUUAGGGAUUGCCUGAACUGUGCCUUAAAGAAAGCUAUAGUUUUCCUAGAAUCUAUAGCAGUUGUAGAGGUUCUUGUUUCUUUCUUUACAAUUUGAACAACCUUUAUGUAGCAAGACAUGGAAGUUUUCUCUUGCAGGUGUACUCCACCUGAAUAAGCCAGAACGAGGAUGGCAGGUUGUAGAACUGUCACCUCCACCCUCUUAAGGUGCAGCAUCAUGCACAGGCUUUGUGCUCAUUCUCAGCAUGUAGUUGAAUGUCAUCCUACAAGCAGGCUGUGCUCUUUUGAGAUUUGGGCACUUCCAUGUCUUCACAAGAAAACUGUCUCCAUGUAAUAGUAAUAUUACAUGUAUGUAUUAAUGUAGACAUGCACAUAUUAAUUGUCUCCAUAUAUUAAUCCUCUACAGUUUGGUAUAAAUGAACAUAGAGGCUGCAGCUCCUUGCACCCAAGAAAGGAUAUGCAGGGUUGAUCACUGCAGAACUACACCCCUGGCUGAAGGAGCACAGAAGUUGGUACCACCUGUUGGUCAGUGGAAACUAGAGGAGGCAAAGCUUGGGAGUGGCUGGGAGGUGAGCUUACACAUAAGUACCCCUGAAUAUCCUGUAGGGAGCUAUUCAGUUUCUUCUCAAGCUCUGGCUAGAAG